CGGGAGCGUGGGAUGUGUGUCAGCACUGGGAGAAAUGGGCAGAACCAGGCAGAUCCAGCAGCCUGUUGGGCGGGGGUCCGAGUCCAUCCAGGGGCGAACCCUCUCUUCCUGCACUGUCUCCAUGCCUCUGCUCUGCCUGGAGCAUCCCGGGGGGAUGCAAAGGCUGGCGCCGGGCUACGAACGGAAAAUCCCUGCGCCGGCUGCCCAACCCCUCUUCAGGAAAAGGGCUCGGCAGCGGGCACGGAUGUCGGGGGGGACCCACGCACCCUCCCCUCGCUGCACAGACACUGUCUGGGCGGGGGGGGGGGCAGGGGAGACGCUGAAAUGGGGCCGAGAGCGAUUCCAGAAUAACCUGCGCCCGCUCCCGCAGAGGAGCCGGGAGCGCGCUGGGACACACCAGCUCCACCGGGACCUUGUCCUCCUGCCCACCGUGGUGGCGAUGCUUCUCCUCAGUGCCAGUGCCGGCCCGGCCGUGCCCACUGCCAGCCCCCGGAGCGCCUCAGGGUUCCCCCCAGACUGCAGCCGCCUCCGCAAGAACAGCCCCAGCGGGGUGUACGUCAUCCAGCCGGCUCGGUCCCCCCCGCGCGUGGUCUGGUGCGACAUGGACACUGAAGGCAAGGGCUGGACUGUUGUCCAGAGAAACUCUCAUGACACUGAGCUCAACUGGAAGCAAUCCUGGACCACCUACAAGUACGGCUUCGGGAACGUGCACGCCGAUUACUGGCUGGGCACCGAGUACCUGCACCUGCUGACCCAGCAGGGCACCUACAAGGUGCGUUUCGUCGUGCGGGACAAAACCAACGUCACCCACUUCGCCGAGUACGACAUCUUCAGGGUGGAGAGCGAGGACAGCGGGUACCCCCUGAGGCUGGGCCGGCAUUCUGGCGAUGGGGACGACUACCUGACCCUCUACCACCCCAAGAAGGGGGGCAUUCACGACAACAUGAAGUUCAGCACGGUCGACAAGGACCAGGACCAGUAUAGUGGGAACUGCGCCAAGAGCUACGGGGGGUGGUGGUACAACAGGUGCCAGAACGUCCUGCUCAAUGCCAAAAACUACAUCGUUUGGCCGGGAUUCUGCGACAGCGGUGACUGCGCAUCCUCCCUCAUCCUGGUCAAACCCACAGACGUGUGCUGACCCUGCUGCAGCGCCCAGAACCCCGGCAGUGAAGGAGUGCCACCAUCCCCUGCUCAGUGCCCCAUUCCCGUGCCUGCCCACUGUC